AUGCAGUGUCUCCGCAGGACUCCACUCCUGCGGCGCUGCUUUUCUACGUCUCUGGCGCGUCACGAGAUCAAGGAUCUCGGGUCUUUGUCUCGGCGCCUAAUCCCCAAAUACCAAGAAUCUAAUGAGGGAGAGCUGCUCUCCCUUCAGUGGCCGGCACCGCCACGCAACAUCCUCCUGGUGCGCAAGGACUGUGCCCCGGCCGUGAGCGACUCUCUCAUUGAAUUUGCAAGCCACAUCAAAUCGACGUAUCCGUCAAUAUCAGUGAUUCUCGAAUCGAAGACCGCCGCCGAACUCCAUUCGUCGCUACCUUUCUCUGUAUAUUCUGCUUCUUUGGAAGAACGACCGACCGCGUUUCAUGACAAGGUAGAUCUCACGGUGACCCUUGGUGGAGAUGGCACAAUCUUGCACGCAUCCUCGCUUUUUGCUACAUGCUCGAAUGUACCCCCGGUCUUGUCUUUCAGCAUGGGCACCCUGGGGUUUUUGAGCGAAUGGAAGUUCUCUGAAUUCAAGCGGGCGUUCCGCGAAGUCUACAUGUCCGGGGCCGGUGCUGGGGAUCGUGCCCCGGUCUUGGAGGAGCCCUUACAACCGGCGUUGGAAGUACAGGAGUCUCAAAUGGGUCCGACCGGAUGGUCUUCCGUUCGAGGCAAGUCCAUGGGCUCAACACGUGGAGCCCGCAUUCUGAUGCGCAACCGGCUGAAGGUCGGGCUGUUCACUGCCGAUGGCACCGAGACGACGCCAAUCCGCGGUAAAACGGACCAGGGCCAAGGGGUGUACGUGAUGAACGAAUUGCUCAUCCAUCGGGGCAAGGAACCGCACCUCGCUGUGGUGGAUGUCUUUGUGGGCGGGCGGUUUUUGACCGAGGCGGUGGCAGAUGGAAUCAUCAUUUCGACGCCGACGGGAAGUACAGCCUACAGCUUGAGCAGUGGCGGCAGUAUUGUGCACCCGCUAGUGCCAUCGAUCCUUCUCACGCCCAUCUGUGCGCGCAGCCUCAGUUUUCGGCCAUUAGUGCUUCCCUCUAGCACACCCAUUACGCUGCGGCUGAGCGAAAAGAACCGCGGCCGCGAGCUGGAAGUCAGCCUAGAUGGCGUCAACCUGGGUCAAGGGAUGGCGGUUGGUAUGGAGGCUCGAGUGUGGAAUGAGGAGAUGAGGCAUGGCAAGAAUGAAUGGCAUGGUGGCGUGCCCAGUGUGAUGCGGAGAAGCAUGGGCGGCGAAGCGCACGAGGGAUGGGUCGGCGGCCUGAACGGACUGCUCAAGUUCAACCAUCCCUUCGGCGAGGAGUUUUGA